AUGGCUUUUUCUGGGGACCGCUGGCACUUGCUGACGUCGGGGGCAAGAACGCGUAAUAAAGGAAAAGUGGGAGGGUGCUCGCCACACGCGAGUCCGUGUGGAUACUUGAUUCGUCUUCCCCAAGUCUUCUCUUCCGCCCUUCGCCCCAACUUCGCUAUAAAAUCUCCUCUCUCUCUCUCUCACCCAACGACGGCCAUUUGCCACCCUAAAUCCCAAUCCAAAUCCACUCCGGCGACGGCAAUUCAACCCAUCCUCCUCUCCCCAGGCCGCCGAGUAUCGGGGAAAGCAUCCCGGAGGAUGGUCUCGGAAAAUAUUCCUACUACGGGUAAUGAGUCGAAUGUUGUUGCAGUAGAGUCACAAGGGUCUCCUCCUUAUAAAAAAGGUCUAGCUAGAGUUCCAAAGAAGAUACACAAAGCUGAGAGGGAGAAACUUAAACGUGACCAACUGAAUGAACACUUUGUUGAGCUCGGACAUGUGCUUGAACCAGAUCGUCAAAAUAAUUGUAAAGCUUCCAUAUUAGGAGAUACUACCCGAGUACUUCGUGAUCUAUUUGCUCAAGUAAAUUCUCUCGGGAAGGAAAAUGCUGCUUUGCUAUCUGAAUCUCGCUAUGUUACGGUGGAGAGGAAUGAGUUGAAAGAUGAGAAUAAUGCCUUGCAAUCUGAAAUAUCACUGCUCCAAAAUGAACUACAGAGGAAAACACAGUCUGUUUCUGUCUGGAAUGACACCCCUAGUGCAAAUCCCCUGAUUCAACCACAACCAACUACUACUGUUCUUUCGAUGCAGCAUCCACCAUUCAUUAUUGGAUCCAAUCCAGCUGCCCGUGUUCAGGAGCUCCAACUUUUUCCAGUGGAAAGAACACCACCAUCUACGCAGCCAGGACCGCCACCUCAGGUGACAAGGCCUCAUGCUAGAUACCCUGCGCCAUUGGACUUGUGGUCAGGUCAGCUGCUUUCUACUCUUCCACAGACAUCACAACGAGAGAUAUAUGACGAUAGUAGUACAAGCACCACUAGCAAGGAAGGAUGUGAUAAACCAUGAGCCUAAAAUUUGAUCUUGAAUUCAGAAUUGUACAUCACAAAUUUGACAAAAUUUUUCCCCACAUGCUAAGAGUCUAAAUGAAGCAUUAGAAGAAUUCUAGUCGGUAUAUUACCUAGGUAAAAACUUGAGCAAGCGGGAAAGUAGCUAGCUUGAAUCAUAUAUAUAUUCUGUUAUGAAGAAAUAAAUUCAUGCUUUACCCAUUUCUCUUGAAUAGUUUCAGCCUGGUUUCCAAGAGCAAAGAUCUGUUAUUGAGUGAGCGAAUAAAAUUUCAUCAUUGUUAUACGUCGGUUAUCCGACACAUGAAAUUGAUUGUAAUUCUCAGUUUGCCUAUUUUUCUUAAUUUUUUUUAGUCGUGACCAUUUGCAAUGUUAGUUAUACUAUGAAAUGAGUUUUCCCCUUUGAAUGCUAUUACUAUGAUCAAA